UGCCAAAAAAAAAAUGGGUAUAAAUUUAAUUCAAUAUUUGUUAAUAGCAACAAUAGUUUUUAGAGUUAACUCAGAAAAACCUUCAGGAAAUAUAACCGCAGUUACCCAGUACUCGAAGAUAAAUCAAAGAUCCCUUGAUGAUUGUACUCCCGGCAGGGUUUUUGAACUGACUCCAGAAAUUUUCUACGACACCACGGAAAAAGGAAUAUUCUUUGUCAAGUUUUAUGAUCCCAAUUGCAUUGACUGCCAUGAUUUUGAGAGUAUCUGGACUGACUUGGCACAAUCAUUCAAAUCCAAGAGAAAUAUUUGUUUUGCCGAAUUAAACUGUGUUUUCGCAAAAGUUUUGUGCAACGACUACGAAUUACGCUACGAACCGAAUUUAAUAUGGUUUGAAAACGGAUACAAAGUUCGCCAAUAUGAUGGUGAUUUAACUUUCGAUGAUGUUCACAAAUUUGUUAUCCAAAUGAAUAGGUGGAAUCAAACCUUAAGCUCGGGCUCUCAAAAUAUAAAUUCUCACACUCCUUGGAUUUUUGCUUUCAUGAGAAAUGUGAUCAUUAGCUUAUGGUAAAUGUCUUGGAAAAUAUUAUAUACAAUACAUAAAUUUAUGCAUGUCAGGUAUCUUAUUUACCUGCAAGUUUA